AUGACUGACUGUCCGAUCCCUGGAUUGAUUGUCAUUUGGUCUUUCUCCAUUUCCACAACCACUUACACAAGUCCCUUCCACUGUGCUCUAUCCAUGGCGACCUCCCGUAUCAGACACGACCCCAGCUGGUCGACACGUCAAGGUCUUGCUGGCGCAGUGCUCAAACUGUUCCUGCGCACCUACACGGCCUGUCACUUCAAAUGGCCCAUCUCCCUCAAACCCCACCACGAGGGGGACCGUUUCGUGAUCAUCGAACCCCCCACCCCCUCUUACUAUACCGGGGUGGCAGUGGAUGAAGAGAUCAAGCCGGAGCCCGUGGGGGCCACCUGGUAUCCUGAGCCCUGCACGGCCGCAACCUCGAUCCCCGACGGCCAGUUUGUCGUCCUGCAUCUACACGGGGGCUCGUAUGUCCUGGGCGAUGGCCGCAGCUCGUCCUGCAACUUUCUGGCCAAGACCCUUCUCACACACACCCCCGCCAGUCAUCUGCUGUGCGUACAAUAUCGACUCGCCUGCUACCCCAACGGCCGAUUUCCCGCUCAGUUGCAGGAUACCAUCGCCGCGUACGUCUAUCUACUCCACACCCUGCAGAUUCCACCGUCCCGCAUUGUGCUCUCCGGGGAUAGCUCGGGGGGUCACCUUGCCUUGGCUCUGCUGCGGUACCUUGUCGAGUACGAGGAUCCAUCGCGACUACCACCCCCGCGGUGCAGCUGGCUGUGGUCGCCAUGGUGCGAUGUGCCAGCCGCAGUAGACCCGGAAAGUUGGACCCAGAGCCAGAACUACGAAACCGAGUACAUCCCGGGCUCAUUCCCAACCUGGGGGGCCCGACAGUUCCUGCGCGACCUGGCCAUAACGGAGCCAAUGGAGCGCUAUGUGGCUCCGAUCCACCAUCCCUUCCUUCUGCCCUCGCCCGCGUUAGUGAUCACCGGGGGUCGGGAAGUCCUGUACCCCGAUCACCAAGAGCUCGUCCGGCAAUUCCAGAACCGGCCGGGAAAUGAAUCCCAGAUCGAGCUCGUGGUGGAAGAGAAGGUGCCUCACGACGUUCUCAUGAUUGGCUGGAUCAUGAAAUUCCAUCAAGAAGCGGAGGCUUGUGCUCGACAAGCCGGCGACUUCGUACGACGCGUGACAUCGGUCACAAGGUCCACGGGGAGGGGCGAGAAUGAGCAGGAAUGA